CCUGCUUAGCGCCAGGCCGUACUCCCACGGAGGCGGGGACUGCUCCAAACCCCCGCGCAACCUGGGCGGGGCCGGACCAGCUGGGACCUGGCGACAACUGAGCCCUGACCCUUGCCUGGCGCCAACCUCGGGUGUUCCAGAGGCUUCCGCUAGACCACAAUUCUCAGGGGCUCGCCCUGGCAGCCUCCCUCCCCGGCUUAGCCUCACCUCCCGCGCCGCGGGCCGUGGCUGGUCCUCGGCGCGUAGGACACCGGGAACUGUAGUUUUCUCCUGACACACCUACGCCAGAAAGGAACUCGAGGAGACUGCGUUUCCCAGAGUGCAGCGGGGUGGCGAGGGAAGGCAGGGGGGAAGGGACAGUCGGUCGCAGACCGCGCUGGGUUGCCGCCGCCGCCGCUGCCGCCAUCGUGCCAGCCCCUCGGAGACCUAAAGGUCAGUGAAGGCUGAUGCUCAGUGGGCGAGAGGUCAUCAAGGUCAUUUCUGCUCCUCGAGGAGCCUGGCCUCAGUCAGCCUGCGGACUGUUGGGGUGAAGCAGGAGAUGGCGUGGUCAGCGGCCCUCUUGGAAGAACUGUAGGAGAAGCCGUCAUGAAGGUCUCAGCGAGGCCGGGUGACUCUCCAGAAUGGGAGACAAGCCAAUUUGGGAGCAGAUUGGAUCCAGCUUCAUUCAACAUUACUACCAGUUAUUUGAUAACGACAGAACCCAACUAGGCGCAAUUUAUAUUGAUGCAUCAUGCCUUACGUGGGAGGGACAGCAGUUCCAGGGGAAAGCUGCCAUUGUGGAGAAGUUGUCUAGCCUUCCGUUCCAGAAAAUCCAGCAUAGCAUCACGGCACAGGACCAUCAGCCCACGCCAGAUAGCUGCAUUAUCAGCAUGGUUGUGGGCCAGCUCAAGGCUGAUGAAGACCCCAUCAUGGGGUUCCACCAGAUGUUCCUAUUAAAGAACAUCAAUGAUGCUUGGGUUUGCACCAAUGACAUGUUCAGGCUUGCCCUGCACAACUUCGGUUGACCUCUUCCCAGCCAGGCACUCAUGCUGUUUCCUCCUCCCUCCUCUUCCUGAUACUAUUCACACUCCUCCAGAUGCUCCAAAUAUCAUACACAAACGAGCAGGGCCGCGGUGGGAGCGGGCGCAGUGCGCUGCUGCUACCGAGGUAUUGUGCAUGAUGUUUGGAUGCUAGACUAGUUGCAUCUGACAGGAGAAGUUUGUGUUGUACCAGCGCAUGCCUUGGAAAGACUUAAGUAAUGCAAAAGGUUGUCUUUUUUUUUUUUUUUUUUUUUUUUAAUUUACUGACAAGUUGCUCUAGUAACCCAAAGAAGUGAAGGAGAAAGCAGCUGCCUCACCGCCCAGAUAUUGAUUUGUUCGGAUGUUUCAAUGCCUCAUGAUACAAUAAAAACACAAAAUUUUCUUAACAGUU